AUGAACUGUAACAGAGAACCUCCUGCUAUCUGUAUGAGAGACAUCAAGUCUACUUUCAUCCCAACCAAUGAGAAUGCCACCUGCGGAGCCCCUGGCAUUACAGGCUGCCCACCUGUUGAUCUUGGAACAAGAAAGGGACCUCAAGAUGCCUGCGGAAGGGUUUUCGAGUUUUGUUUCUUGAAGGCCAACAACAAAGCAGGGAUUCAGUCCAAAGUCUCCUCAAAAUUGGAGAUUGAGAGACAUUCUGAUGGCUGUGUAAGGAGAACAGCUUUAAAUUGUUCAUCGGAUGGUUUCUUUGGGCUGCAACAAGUGAAGUUGCCCCAUACAUCAAAUGCCACCGUGCACAGCAACAAAAGUCCGGAAGAGUGUGAAGACUGGUGCCCGAAGAACUGCACUUGCAGCGCCUAUGCUAUCAAUGAAGGGAGCGGCUGUGUAACAUGGACCGGAGAUCUCAUCGAUAUUAGACUGUUCACCGAAGGAGGGGAGAGUCUAUAUGUUCAGCUUGCAUCUUCUGAAUUAGGAGCGGGAUAUGGCUUUUGGAUUGCAUCGGAUGACGAAAGAUAUUAUCCUUUAUUGAGUGAAAAGGAGUACCCACUAAGGGAAAGCAGAGGAAACAAGCUAGAGUUACCUUUAUUUGAUAUACAUAUAAUAAGAACUGCCACCAACAACUUUUCUGAAGACAAUAAACUUGGAGAGGGUGUAUUUGGCCCUGUUUGCAAGGGUCAAUUGGAAGAUGGAGAAAAGAUUGCUGUCAAGAGGUUGUCCAAAGAUUCUGUGCAGGGCAUACAUGAAUUCACAAAUGAGGUGUUGCUGGUAGCCAAACUUCAGCACAGAAAUCUUGUUCGCCUUCUUGGCUGCUGCAUUAAAGGAGAGGAACGAUUACUGGUGUAUGAGUACUUGCAAAAUACAAGUUUGGACUAUUUCAUAUGCCAUAGGAAAAGAAGUGCACUUUUGAACUGGCAAAAGCGCCUCGUCAUCAUCAUAGGAAUUGCUCGAGGACUUCUUUACCUUCACCAAGACUCUAGGUUGAAAAUUAUUCACAGAGAUUUGAAGGCCAGCAAUAUUCUUCUUGAUGAGGAGCUGAACCCAAAAAUCUCAGACUUCGGUACUGCAAGAAUUUUUAAGGUUGACCAAAUUGAAGAGAAUACAAAUAGAGUUGUUGGGACAUAUGGAUAUACGUCACCAGAGUAUGCAAUGGGUGGUAUCUUUUCAGUGAAAUCAGAUGUCUUCAGCUUUGGUGUUCUAGUGUUAGAAAUCUUAAGUGGUAAGAAGAAUAGAAUGAUCAAUCAAGCAGAAGCUCGUGUAGACCUUUUAGGACAUGCAUGGAGACUAUGGACAGAAGGUAGAUGCUUGGAAAUACUUGAUGAAGCAGUGGGAUCUGCAUAUCAGGAGUUUAAAAUAUUACGGUAUAUCCAAGUGGCUCUCUUGUGUGUGCAAGAAUGGAGUGAGUAUAGACCAACAAUGGCAGAGGUAGUGCUCAUGUUAGGCACUGAAAGUGCACUGCUACCUCAGCCUCAAAGGCCAGGUUUCUACAUAGCAACUCCUUUGAUGGAAAGAAAUUCGUCUUCGAGCAAUAAAAUUACAGUCACAAUUGAAGGUCAAUAGAAAUGUGUGACAUGAGUAUUUUUUUUGUUUUUGUGGGAAUUCAUGGACUUCAUUCUACAAAUAUAUUCAUCAGGCAGAGU